CACCACAUCAUUGGAGCUUCAUACCCCUCGAAAACUGGAGAUCGAAAACAACCGACCAUCCAUCCACACCUCCCUUCCAUCGACUCAUUAUCCUAGCAGGUGUGGAUUUUCCUCGUGAAACUCUGCACACAUAUCGGCAACACCUUCAGGCCUGCUAAUGAUCGCCAUGGUCGUCACGGAAGGUUAACCGACCAUCAAUUUGCCCCGCGACCCUCUUCUUCUUUUUCUGCUCUUAAUUCAAAGUUCAGACAUCUAUCGUCAUUAUCGUGAAUGAUCUUCGCCUUGUUCCUUGGUUGCGUUGCGGCCCUUGCCCACUUUUUCCCCUCUUCCUCCUCCGCCCAUCAUCUUGCAGAUAUACAAGGGAAUGGUGUGGAACAGGCACACACACACACUCUCUCUUCAGUUCCGACCAUCCCGAUUCUCACCGCAACCCUAUUGAUCUACUUUCCGUACUCCAUACUACACAGCAAGGUAGAAAUUAUUCUUGUUGAUAUCGUCACGAUUUAACUACCAAGUAAGAAGUAUCACCGAUUAUACCCGGCGUGCAGGAAAGUGUUCCGACCGGCUAAGCUAGCUGGCUUGGUUUCCUGUGUCAAGGGGACUGAUUCGCUGGCCUUGUGGAGUAG